GACCAGCAACCGGACAAAGUAUGGAUACCCAGGUUAAGCUUGCUGUUGUGGUGAAGGUGAUGGGCCGCACUGGCUCCAGGGGUCAGGUGACCCAGGUCAGGGUGAAGUUCCUGGACGACCAGAACCGUCUCAUCAUGAGGAACGUCAAGGGCCCUGUCCGUGAGGGUGACAUCCUCACCCUCCUCGAGUCUGAGAGGGAGGCCAGGAGGCUGCGCUGAAGCAGCUGGUGGUCGCGCCAGUUGUUGGCCAUUCCUGUACUGCUUUCGUAUCAAGUUAUUGAACAAUGCUACCUUGUCCUUUGAGUAGGCUAUGGAGAAUGGGCUUAAGCAAUCGAAUUGUAAUUUAAGCACUCGUCUUAUUGCAAGUUUUGGUCUGUUAUUGCCUGAAUGAAUUUAAGUGCACUUGAUGCGUGACAUGAUUUUGUUGCUAUCUUGGGUAACAACAAUGAAUGGUUUGUA